UUGCAUGACUCGAGUAAUGUGUAUGACUCGAGUGGCGGGUGUAUUCUUCCCAUGUCAUAAGUCAUGAUGACAAGGAAUGCGCGGAUUAGUUCGGAAGAUUGAACUGUGUGUCUAUACUUGCCCGUUUUUACAUGAUACCCACAAGGCCUAUCCCCGUUUCUCUGUCUGUCACAUGGCAGAAUUCAACCUUGCCGACAACUACAACUCUACUGACCAUCUUUUUCUUUUGUUACACCAGAUGUCUUUUCCCCUCAUACCCCUCCCCUCGGGGCUCAAGCCUCAGGCACCAAACCAACCAACCCCCACGCAUGGACCCUUUCCUCCCGGUCGUAGUUUUUUGCUCGUAGAACAUGAAGAGCAAAUUCGCACAAGAAAGAAAGAAAAAAAGGCCGUUCAACAUCAAAGAACAUCAGGACCCGCUCAUGGAUGCAAAAACAAGGGUGAGGAAGAAGACACUCAAUAACAAGUAGAGCGGGUAAACAAAGCCGAAGCAGAUAGCGGGACCAAUCCAAAAAGAAAAGAAAAGAAAAAGGCUCAGUGCACUUCGCUGUGCUCUUCCUUGGGCUUGUACAUGAUGGUAGUCAGGAACUUUUGCUUAUAUCUUGUCGUGGCACUAGUGGCCAAGAUAUUAUCCUUGAUACUACUCGUAGCCAAAUGAUUUAGCACAGUGUGAUUGGGGUGAAUCAACACGCUGCU